AUGCGCGGUCGCUCCAUUCACGCCCGAGCCUUGCUCAGGCAAGUGAGUGCUCAGAAGAACGCCGUCGCAGCAUCGAUAGCCGGGCCUUCUGCCGCAGCCAUCUCUCCAGCGAGGGCAUUCAACUCGAGCUGUGGACCGCGAUCGACCCGCUUGACCUCUCGCCGCGUCUCCUCGUCGGUGCUCUCGUCGUCCAAGUCGUCGAGCAACUCAUCGGCCAACAGCGGCAACUCAUCCUCUUCAGGUAGCAGCAACUCGGCCGCAUCAUCAUCCUCGUCCGCGCCCAAUGCCACAGCCACUGAGCAGCGCUCCAACUCGACCCCAGUCUCGCCCCUUGUCAAGGUCAAGGCCCACUCGUCCCGCCUCGCCAAGGCCGGCACCGCCCCUGCCAACCCGCCUCCGUCGUCCCUUGGCAACGUAGCAUGGGAGAGCUUCUUCUCGAAUGAACGCCCCUUGCUGCAGCACGAGAUGCUGCCACCGCGACCCAAGCGUGCUGGCGGUUUCGGCUCUUCAACGUCGCCCUCGGGCGGCACGCUGACCGCCAUCUUUACCUCCGACGGCUCUUUGGCCACCUUUGGCAACUUUGCAAGCGAAUCGCAGCAGCAGUGGAGGCGAAGGAUGCGUACCAUUGCACCGGAACGAUUCAACGAGCUGGUGGACGGUCUGGCGGGAGCCGAAGCGGAGGCGGAAGUGGCCGCGCAGGACGCAGCGACGCGUUGGCUCGUGUCGAGCUUCCAUCCCGAAUCGGAUCGCGUCGCGGUCGAGUCCGCCAAGCUCGAGGAAGAGGAGCGAAUCCGAGAAGAGGAGGACGAGGCGGUUCAGAACGCUCUGGACCGCGGAGAGGAUCCCGAGACGGCACGCAAGUUGGGCGCAGAAGCGGAUCUGAUCAUUCUGGGUGAGCCGCACGGCCCGUCUGCCGAGUGGUCGCGCGGAGUGGCCACCUACCUCGCCGAGAAGGGUCGUGCAUACGAAGCGCCGCCUGCUCCCACCACGGGCGAGAAGGGUGACGUAGAGGCAUCCGAGCCCCUCGAAUCCCCGCACGUCGCUAGCAGCGUGUUUUUCACGGACGACGACCCGAACCUGAUGCUCUCGCACGCGCUGGUGCAGUCGACGCUGCCGCUCGCGCUCAAGUGGGACAAGGUGGUGGCGCAGAUGGACGCGGUCGCGCUCAACGACCCCACCCGGGCCGACGCUGUGGUGGACACGAGCAAGCUCGAUGCACACCUCGAGGGCCACAGCCGACGCGUCAAGGUGAGCCCGCUGCUGGAGGCGCACAACAUCAUGAUGGAUAGCGUGCGCAGGAAGAGGAGGAAGAAGAUCCGAAAGCACAAGUACAAGAAGCUGCGCAAGGCGCAGCGUGCCGAGCGACAGAGGAUGAAGAAGUAG